AUGCAUUCUGGAAUACCCAAGGUGUUAUUUUAUUGUGCAAAUCGUUAUUUAGUAAGGUCACUGAGUACUGAAAGUCCUAGAGUACGAUUUGCCCCAAGCCCAACAGGAUAUCUACAUCUAGGUGGUCUACGGACUGCUUUGUACAAUUAUUUAUUUGCUAAAUCGAGGGGAGGUUCGUUCAUAUUGCGUAUAGAAGAUACAGACCAGACUCGAAAAGUUGAAGGGUCUGUGGAAGGUCUUAAAAGGGACUUGGAAUGGGCGGGCAUUGAGUGCGAUGAAGGACCUGGUUUCCAUGGUGAUUGUGAACCUUAUGUUCAAAGUGAAAGAUUGGACUUUUAUAAGGAACACAUAUCUACCCUCCUAGAUAAUGGUACAGCAUACAGAUGUUUCUGUACCGAGAGAAGACUGAAUAUUAUCCGUAGAGAUGCUAUACGAUCUCAACGAACACCGAAGUAUGAUAACCGUUGCAGAAAUUUAUCCCAUGAAGAGCUCAAGGAGAAAAUGGAAUCCGGCGCUCCCUAUUGUAUCAGGUUUAAGCUUACAUCAGAUUGCCAAACUUUUGAAGACUUGAUCUUUGGCAACAUAGCGUACGAUGUAUCGCUGAAUGAAGGUGACCCAGUUCUAAUGAAGACGGAUGGGUUCCCAACAUACCACUUCGCCAAUGUAGUUGAUGAUCAUCUGAUGAAAAUAACACAUGUGUUGAGGGGGGUUGAAUGGCAGAUAUCGACGACUAAGCAUUUAUUGAUAUACAGAGCAUUCGGCUGGAUUCCACCGAAGUUUGGACACAUGCCGCUGAUCGUAAACGCUGAUGGUACGAAAUUAAGUAAACGGCAAAGCGAUGUGAAAGUGGAGGAUUAUAGGAACAAUGGCGUAUACCCAUUGGCGCUAGUGAAUUAUAUUACAUUAUCUGGUGGUGGAUUUGAUCACGUUCCAGGGUCCGGAGUGAGACUUAAAACAAUGGAAGAGUUAGCAGAAGAGUUUCAGAUAAAUAAGAUUUCAUCACACCCAAGCCGCCUCAACCCUGACUUAUUAGCAGAAUGCAACAGGUUAGAAAUUAAACGAAGACUUAAAGAUAGCGCCCUGUCAGAUGAUCUUGUAGCUGAUCUUAAAAACUUGAUCACAAAAACUUACCCCGAACACAAGUUGAAUUUAUCAGAUGAACAUGUACAGAGUGUUUUAAACUGGGCUGUCUCACGGAUAACUAGAAUAGAUGAGUUAGUAUCAAACAAAUUCGGCUUCCUAUGGAUUUUACCUACGACCAAAAUUGACGUGGACCAACCUCUUCUCAAAAAGCUUGUACAAAAUUUGGAAGAUCUGGAAAAGUUUGAUCAGAAUUCUUUGAAACAUAAUUUGAAAAGCUUUUCAAAAGCUAAUGGGGUUAAUUUCCCAGUGCUAAUGAAGAUGCUGAGAUCUACGCUCAGUGGACUGGACGAAGGACCUGGAGUCGCUGAAAUGAUGGACUUGUUAGGGAAGAGUCAAUCUUUAGAGAGAAUUAAAGCUAUUGUACGGUAG